AUGGAAGAUUUAAUGGAAACCGUAAGAAAUGACAAUAUUCCAGAUUCUGAUUUAUAUAACGCAGAUGAAUUGAUACCACCACCAUGGAUUGAUGAAGAAUUUUUUAAAACAGUUUUGAAAACAUGUAAAAAUGAUGAUUUUAAAAAUAUUAUUAAAUAUAAUAUUAGUCCAGCUACAGUUAAAGGAGAUCAUUAUGCUAGUAUUAUGUUUCGUGGCGUCGUCCAAUACAUGGACAAAGAAAAUAUACAACAAGAAAUAUCAAUGAUAAUAAAAACCAUGCCAGAGACAGAUGGUACAAAAAAGGAUUUUUUGAAUGGUUCAACAAUAUUUGAAGUAGAAAUUGAAAUGUUUCGUGAUGUAAUUCCAAAAUUUGAAAAAAUGUUAAACUCGAUUGGCUAUAGCAAAAAAUUAGCGGCAAAUAUGCUCUAUUACACAUUAAGCCCGCGGAAAGUAAUUGUAUUGCAAGAUAUUACAAAAUUAGGUUUUUCGGCAAUGGGUAAACGAUUGUGUACAGUUGAGGAAUCAAAAAUGGCUUUAGAUAAAUUAGCCCAAUGGCAUGCAUGCAGUUAUGUACUUAAUAAACAAUUACAGGGCGGUUUAGAGAAGUUUGUAAAUGGUAUAUACAAUAUGAAUGGUUUAAUUAUGAAUCCCUGGUUCAUGAAAGGUGGUGAAAGGUUAGCUAAAUUAGCUCAUGAAACACCAAAAUUACAAAAAUAUGCUAAAAAACUGGACCAAAUUAAAGAUAUUUUAUUGCCGAAAUGUUCUCAAGUUUAUGAUUUAUGCAAGAAAAAAGGACGUCUAAAUGUUUUAACACAUGGUGAUUUUCAUUUGAAAAAUUUAAUGUUUAAAACUAAUCCGAAAACACAAUUAAGUGAGGAACUGAUGCUAGUUGAUUUUCAACUCUGUGUUUGGACUUCAAUGUGUGCGGACUUAUUCUAUGCUAUUUAUUUAUUAGUUGAUUUAAAACGUAGAGAAGAAUGUUUUGAUGAAUUAAUUUAUGAUUUCUUUUGUAAAUUUCGUGAAACAUUAAAAUUAUUGAAUUAUAAUGGAAAAAUCCCAAAAUUUUCUGAUUUACAAAUGGAUAUGCUACUAUUAAGACGUCUUGAAAUUUAUUUAACCGCAACGUUUUUACCAUUAAUCGUAGCUUUAAUUGAAAAUCCAAAAUUGGAUCCAGAUGAAACUUUAACUCAUGUCGAAGGACAAUAUAAAUUAUAUGAAUCACAGAUGUACAUUGAUGAAGUUCAACCAAUAUUAGAACGUUUUUUAAAUCGUGGUUAUUUUGAUAAUAUACUUGAAGAUGAUGACGAGAACGAUAAAUGCAAAAUCAAAAAUUUUACUGUAGUACCAGCUGCCAGAGAAGGUGAUCAUAUCGGUGGUAAUGUACUCCGUAUUCCAAAAUUUGAGAAAAUGUUAAGAGAUGCCGGUGAUAAUACAAAAAUUGGACCAAGAUUGCUGUACUCUGCUGAGCAUCCAAAUAUGAUAAUGGUUUUAGAAGAUCUUUCGAAAUCACAAUAUUCGGAUUUUAGUUAUAAACGUUCUCGAAUAGAUGAUAAAACUGCUGACUUAAUACUUGAUAAAUUAGCAAAAUUUCAUGCCUGCAGUUAUAAAUUAAAUAAUGAAAAUAAAAAUUGUCUUGAAUCAUUUGAUAAUUCAAUUUUUAAAGUAAAUGAACAUCAACUUGUCGACAUAAUGGGCGGUGGUGUUAAACAACUAAUAAAAGUUUUAAAACCAUUAACUAAUAAAGAUUUAAAAUUAAAAGAAAUUAUUGAAAUGUUGGAAAAAAUAGAAGGAAAACUUAAUCAUGGUGAUUUUCAUAUUAAGAAUUUAAUGUUUAAAUAUGAUAAUAAAGAAAUGGUACAAGAUGUUCAAGUAAUUGAUUUUGCUAUGUGCUUUUGGAGUUCAAUGGCAUUUGAUUUACUUUAUGUUAUUUAUGCAAUUUAUACACCAGAAUUACGACUUAAUAAACGUCAUUUAGAAGUAUGGUUUUCAACAACAUUUCUUCCACUUGUUUAUGGUAUUGUACAAAAUUCAAAUGUUGAAGAAUUUACCCAAAAAGAAGAUGCACGUUUAUCAAUGUACAAUAUACCAGAAUUUUUAAAAGAUAUACAAUUAAUUUUAAAAUCAUGUUUAAAUUAUGGUUUCUUAGAUGAAUCCUAUUACCAGUGA